GUUGCAAUGCUCUUGUGGCAAAAUAUAAAUGCCCACGUUGCAGAUUUCGUACAUGUUCUCUUACUUGUAGUCGCAAACAUAAAGAAAUUGCCAAAUGUAAUGGAAUUAGAUCAAAGUCACAUUAUGUGCCUCGUGAGCACUAUGGAUUAUACUUAUCUUGAAGGAGUUUCACGUGCAGUUGAUGUUAGUGAUCGGUUGUUGUCUGAAAAAUAUAAUUUUGAUACCGAUCAGGAAAGCUAUAAACGAUAUCAUCAAAAUCUUGUUUAUAAAGCAGCACAUCGCCGUGGAAUCAAUUAUUUCUCUAUGCAUCGAGGAAUGCAAAGGAACCAACUGAAUACGUCUAGAUUCACUUACAAAACGCUCACCAUAUUUUGGCAAGUUGAAUGGAUAUUCCCGGAACUCGAAAAUAAAACAUUUUACAAUAGAACAAGUGAAAAGUAUGUUUUGUCAGAAGUGCUGAAAAAAUCAAUUAUGCCGCAGUUGACUGAUGAUGAACGAAAAUAUUUUGCCGAAACGUGUUCUGAAGACUAUGUUUUUUUGCUCAAAAUGGAGAAACAAACUUCGAGCAAUAAAACUUAUUUUCGCUUAAGUCCCAAUUCCACUUUACUUAAUUCGUUAAAGGGUAAGUGUAUAAUAGAAUUUCCUACGAUUUAUGUAUACAAAGAAUCGCCAAAGAAUCCUGAAUUCGAGAUUUCAUGUGAAGAAGUACGAAUAUUGGGUAAAAAUGAUUGCGAAACAAGUAAAAGCAUGAUAAUUCAAAGUGAAAAUUUUAAAGAUGAUGAUAUAGAUAUAGAAAUAGAAAUUAAAGAUGUUAAUGACGAUGAAUUAAAGGGAGAAUUGAGAAUUGAAAGUGGAACUGAUAGUGAAAUUGAAAGAGAUGACGGAACCAAUAAUGAAAUAAUCAAAGAUGAAGAUGAAUCCGAGACUGAAAGUGAAUGUGAUGGAAUAUAUAUUGAUGUGAUUGGCAGAAUUUAUUAG